UGAAGUUGGCAGUUAGCAGUUUCGACCGAGCGUUUGCGUGAAUAACAGCGUGUGGCGCAAGCGAGCGAUUUCGAGGCGAUUCCGAGGCGAUUUCGGGGCGAUUCUGUUACCGAGGCGAAGCGAAAAUUAACCGAAGUACGCGUCGUGCGAUUGUUGUUGGUGUUGUUUUUUUUCGAGUGCGAGAGUGCGAGUGGGAGGGGCGACAGCCUCCGCGACAAGGAGGCACACAUACACGCACACACACACACUAACGUAUAUAGUGCGCCAGGACGAGAGCAUCGAAACACGAAACGAAGCGAAAUUGAACAGGACCUUUUUGGGGGCAAUUGGCGCGAGGAAGUCGCCGCGGCGAACAGAAACACGCUGGCCGUUGACCGAGUGGCAACGCGGCCCGGAGAAUUCGGUUUCCAAAUUGCAAAUUGCACAUUUGUAGAAUCUCAUUGAGAAGCCGAGAAGCCGAGUAUCGAGUAUUUAUUGAGAGGGAAUUCGGUGCCUGAAUCCGAAUCGAAAUCGGAAUUGGAAUCGAAUUGAAGCGGAGAAACUGUAAAUUGGCAGCUGUUGCAUGCUGUGGCAGACUUGGUGACGCCGCGAGUGCCGUCGCCGCGUCUUGUUUUUGUUGUUUGUUUGUUUGGUGACCCCGAAAUUCGAUCCUCGCGAGUGUUACCGCCUAAUUAACCACAAAAAGAAGAAAAGAAAUACAAAAGAAAUUUAAAUAAAACAGAGAAAAAGGAACAGAGAAAAAUAAAAAAACAGUGAAGCGGAAGGAGUUCUUCUGACUCGAGGAGAACGAGGUACUUCGCAUUCGAGCCAAUGGUCCGAGCGACAGGGACAACGAUGGAGCUGCUGCUGCCCGUCGUCCUGGCACUGGCCAUCCUCGGAUCCGCCGUCCUGUCCGCCGGCAUUUCGCCCAACGAUCCCUGCUACUUCGAGGGCAAACCGCGCAAGUGUUUGCCGAGUUUCGUGAACGCCGCCUACGGGAAUCCGGUGCAGGCGUCCAGCGUUUGUGGCGCCCAAAACCCCGAGCGGUACUGCGAACUGCUGCGCGAUGGGAACGCCGGCGAGUGCCGCCCAUGCGAACGGGAGCGGUACGGUCCCGCUGCUCUCACCGACUUGAAUAACCCCAGCAAUGUGACCUGCUGGCGCUCGGGAGCGGUUAAUGUGCCCCACGAUCCGGACACUGCACCACCGGAUAAUGUCACCUUGACCCUGUCGUUGGGUAAAAAAUACGAGCUGACCUACAUAUCGCUAUCGUUCUGCCCCCGAUCCCCGCGUCCCGAUUCGUUGGCUAUUUUCAAGAGCUCUGACUUCGGACAGACCUGGCAACCCUUCCAGUUCUACAGUUCCCAGUGCCAGAAGUUCUACGGCAGGCCGGAUCGCGCCAAGAUCUCCAAGUUCAAUGAGCAGGAGGCACGUUGCAUUAACUCGCAACAUGAUACGGGCGGUGCAGCUCAGAGAUUUGCAUUUAAUACUUUGGAGGGCAGACCGUCGGCCAAUGACCUUGAUUCGUCGCUGGUUCUGCAGGAUUGGGUGACUGCCACCGAUAUUCGGGUGGUGUUCCAUCGACUAGAGUUGCCACCACAGCUGUUGAAGGUGAAAAAUGCGAACACGUUCAGUGAUGAAAUGGGCGGAAGUCGUGAAGGCGAUGAAGAUGAUGACGAGGAUGCGGACUUGGAGUUGGAUGGCGAGCAGGAUGAGUACGAUUACAAUCUGCAGGAUAACGAUAGUGCCGAUGCCGGAUACGAUGAGUACGAGGAGCCCAAAAAGCAUUUGGAACUGGACGACGAUCAUUUGCAUCUGGAUUAUGCCAGCGAUGGGGAAUCUGUGGUGAAAAGGCAGGGGAAACACAAGAGUAGCGCCUACGAAAAGCAUUAUCAGAGCAAAAUUGCGGUGACCACGCCCCCUCAGACGCCCUCGGUGAAGGUCACGCCCUCGGGCAAGGCGACGCCCCCCAGCACAACGGCCGCCCCCGUCAGUUUGCCCGUUUCACAGCACUAUGCCGUUUCCGAUUUUGCCGUCGGCGGAAGGUGCAAGUGCAACGGUCAUGCCUCCGAAUGCGUGGCCACCGUUAGUGGAGUGUCCACAUCCCCGGCUGGACAGGAUCAGGACGAGGGACAGGACGAGGACACGCCCCCACUGGCCGCCCACUUCGGGAGGAGCAGCCAGCUGAGCGGCAAGUUGACGAUGACGUGCGCCUGCAAGCACAACACCGCCGGUCCGGAAUGCGAGCGCUGCAAGCCCUUCUACUUCGAUCGCCCGUGGGGCAGGGCCACCGACAACGAUGCCAACGAGUGCAAGAUGUGCCAGUGCAACGGACACGCCCGUCGCUGCCGCUUCAACCUGGAGCUAUACAAACUAUCUGGUCGGGUUUCGGGGGGCGUGUGCUACAACUGCCAACACGAUACUACCGGAAGAUACUGCCACUAUUGCCGCGAGGGAUACUACCGCGAUGCCACCAAGCCGCCGAAUCAUCGCAAAGUGUGCAAGCGCUGCGAUUGCCAUCCCGUGGGCUCGACGGGCAAGACGUGCAACCAUUUGAGUGGCCAGUGUCCUUGCAAGGAGGGCGUCACCGGACUGACUUGCAACCGAUGCGCCAGAGGCUACCAGCAGACCCGCUCCCACGUGGCACCCUGCAUCAAAGUGCCCACCAAUGCGAACAUGAUCCAAGCGGAGAGCGCCGGCGGAGGUGGCGGCGGGGGAGGAGCGGGCGAUUACAAGGACGGCGGCGGUUCGCAGGUCGAGGAGAUGAAGAAGUACUGCGGCAAGUGCAAGGCGAGUCCCAAGAAGCUCAACCUCAACAAGUUCUGCAUGGAAGAUUAUGCUAUUUUGGCGAAGGUAAUUGGACAUGAUCGCGCCUCGCAGGACAUCAGCACGGAGAAGUUCUCGAUAGAGCGGCAGAAUGAGAUCUACAAGUACGAGAUCAACAUCCAGACGAUCUUCAAGCGGAACCCCAUGUCGGGCACAACCAGUUCUCUGCUGGGAAGGGGCAACAUGAUGCUCCUCGUGCCGCGCAAGAGCAUCGAGUGCCAGUGCCCCAAAAUCAAGCUAAACAAGUCGUAUCUGAUCCUUGGACGUGACUCGGAGGCGGCGCCCGGGUAUCUGGCCAUCGGACCCAGCUCGGUGGUCCUCGAGUGGAAGGACGAGUGGUCGUUGCGCAUGAAGCGCUUCCAGCGGCGGGCACGCAAAUGCAGUUGAAUCGAGCCGGAAACGGAAUAUGUCAGAGCGGAUUUCAAUUUCACACACUUGGCUAGGUAUCGGUUUUUGUAUAAAUUGUACAGUUUACUCAAGUUUCUGACCUUCUUCGGCAUUAUGCUAUAAAUUAAUCGAAUCCGGAUCAAGACCCCCUAACUCCCUAAUCUCCUUCACCAAAUCAGAUGCAAUUCCCCAAACCGGAAGUUAAAACCACAUAGCGGAAUCCCAUCUAUAUAAUCUCAAUCUCAAUUCCUUUCUUCCGGCGUUUUUGGUAUCUAAUUCACAAAGCGCUUCACACGGCAAACACAGAAAACAAUCGGAAAACAGACGGCAGACACAAUGUAUUAUCCCCACUUUAUUGAGCAAGCCCGCCAAAUGCUAAUUACAGUUACAGUCACUCUUCAAUGGGCGGAAUGCGUGGGCGUGGCAGUGUGUCCAUAACGGUUUAUGCUGGCCAUAAAAAGAAGUGCAGUUAUAAAUUGAAAAUAAGUGCGAAAAAAAAGAGCUGAAACAUCGGGCCAAAAAGCGUCGCGUGUCGUUCAAACGGAAAUUGGAAAUGUUGGUAAGAGAGGGGGAAAAAAAGGGCGGGAAAAGGGGGGAAAGUGGGGGGGGGAAAGAUGAACAAACAGGCCACGUCGACACAUAAGUGCAGUCAUAAACCAACAAACACGGGCCUUGACCAUCUGCCCAGCCACAAACUUGCCAAUAUUGAGGGCACUCCAGUGAAAAUGGGUUUAAAAUAACAGAAUAUUUCCAUAUAUUUUACUUCCCUUUAAUACCAUAAUUUCCCUUCAAAUUAAAUUUUGUUUCAAGCUAAAAUUAUUCUUAUAAAAUCCAUCAAAUGAUUGAAAAACGUUCAAAAAAGCCGUGAAAAAACCCUGAAAUUUUAAUUAACCGAAAAUCUAUUACAAAUGCUUUUAUUUCCAUGUUAAUCGCUGAAAACCAAAUCAAAUCAAAACCAAAUCUUUUUGAAAGGGAAACUAAAUACGAAAAUUAGUUAACAUUGUCUAUAUUUUUCAAUGCCAUUAUUUGUUUUAAAAAUUAGUCAUCAUUGUUUAACAAGUUCAAAGUCAUGUUUAUUUAUUUUAUUAAAAGAUCUAUAAAACAAAUUAAUUUUUUGUUACCUUGGUUGCUCUGAAUUCCCCUCAUGAUUUUUCAAAUGUUUUCAAUUAUUUUUUUUUUUUGUUAUUUUUUUAGCUUGCCAUUCGUAACCGAAAAUUGAUUCAAUUUCCCAUAUUUGCCAAAACGCUGUUUAAUAUUUACCAUUUGUUGCUUGUCCAACCAUGAAAUUCCUUCUUGUUUUUUAUUUAGAACUUUUCCGGCUAUAAAUUUUAGUUUUCGUAAACGUUUUUUUCCAGCAGUAAAGUGCUUCUCAAGAAUUUAUGCAAACAGUUUUUGCCCAUAAUUAUGCACAUGUUUAUUGACAAACUGCUAGUUGAUUUUUCACGCGCUUUUGCAUACCAAUUUGUUUGAUGGAUGCAUCAAUAAAAAGCCAAGGCAGCAAAACCGUAUUUAAAAUGCAUUUAUUUGAAUUUAAUUUUCAAUUUGAAUUAUGCAUGCAAAUUGUAAGCGCAUCGAUUCAUUUUCGCUCUCUUUCUCUCUCUCUCUUUCUCGCUUGCUCGCCGGCAUUAAUCCGAUUCAGUUCGGAAUCGAAGGCGUUAAGAGUGAGAUCGAGGUGUUAUUGAGGGGCAUUGAAGGGGAAGCACCGGUUGUAACUCGUUUUUUGAGCAUAUGUGUAGGCCACGCAACACUUGAAACUCAUCCCAGGUAGACCCUCUGUACAGUGAACUCCGGUUAAGAGAGAACUCCGAAAUUUUCGAUAUAUAUUUCCUCCAUUACAAUUUUUUAUUGCAUUUAUACAAUCUUCAAUUUGCUUAUGUUCUUAUAUUUUAAUUUAAUGACAAUUGCUAAUUUAUUUCUCGUUUAGAAUAGCAUACCUAUAUAGUUUUUAGCAAACUUCUGUAACUUGUGGUGUUUAUACCCGUUUUCAUUACUGAAUGCUCACUGUACUGCUCGAUAAGCAUCACAGGCAUAAAACCAACAAAGCAACAGACAACAUGAAACACGUAACACAAAUUAAACAGCAAAAACAAACAGAAAAAUGAGCUUUCGGUAACAAAUUCACAGAAAAAAAACAAAACCUUCUUGAGAUCCACUUUAAAUUGGAUUUCUAUAAUUCAUAGAAAGCGAAACAAAUAUUUGAAUAAUGUGCCAAAAAAUAAUGUUUUAUUAAUAUUUAGUACCUUAUAAAAUAUGAAUAUUGAAUAGAUUUCUGUCUGUGUAUACAGUACAAAUGAACUUCGUGGGUUGAACGAGUGAUAUGCAUGCCUCCCUGACAAAAAAAUCAAAUAAAAAGAAAAAAAAAGUAGAAAACCGGCGAACCACCGACGAUUGCAGUUACAUUUUUUCGAUGUUGCUGCGGAUUAAACAUGUUUCGGUCUCAAAAUGUAACAUGAUAUAUGACAGCCAAGUGUCGAACUUGAUAAAUGUUUUAAUGAAUUUAUUUUCGUGUUUAUGUGCUGGCUUUGAAUAAUAACUGGCGAGUGACUGAGUCGAGAGAUCUUUUUGGCUGACUUUGCCACGACACCUACUCUCAUUCCCCUUCUCCGAAGCCGAUGUGUCUGUCCGAUGUGAGUUACCUCCGACUUCCAGCUUCAUUUUCCAUUCACCCCGCUCAAUUCCCCCUGCUCCGUUCAGAAGUUGUUCAGGUCCGAAGACCGUGACCAUGAUGUAUGAUAAAUCAAAAUGGGGGCAACAUAUGCAGGGACAGUCCGCGCCGGACAGUUAACAUGCUGCGGCAUUUAAGCCGAGAUUUGUGUUCGCAUUUGCAGUCGCAGUCGCAGUCGCAGUCGCAUUCACUCGCCCAUUCGCCCAGGGACGCAUAAUUAGCUCUGGCUCAGUUGCUGUUUCUGGCCAUGCCAUCUGGAUCUGCCUGGGAUUCGUAUCUGUAUCUCUGCCAUAUAUGUUUCCCUAUCUCUUUCUCUUUUGGUUUCUCUUGCUGUUGCUGUUUUCCACUGUUUCCCACUGGCCAACGCGGCGUAUGAGUCAUGAACACACGUGUGCUCACCGCAGGCAACACAUUCAAACAGACAGGACACUCUUCGGGGAGCAUGUCCUGCAGCAAGAUAAAUGCAAAAUUGUCAACUGUUAACCGUAUACAUUUGUACACAAUUUUAUGCAGAAUGCUACCCUGCACAAUUCAGGAUUGUUCGGCAAACAUAAAAUUCAGAGUUUUUGUUUUCAAAGACUUAAAAGCUUUUCCAGUACAUUUAUAUAAAUUUUUAUUACUUGCUAAAAAUACUUCAUUUUGAUUAAUUUAUACUUUAUGCAAAUGAAAAUUCAAUGCAACAUAAAUGCCACAAAUAUUUCGAAUUCAUCUCAUUUAAUUUCAAAAAUAUUUUAAGAUCUUCUAAUGCCGCCACUCAAUUGUGAACAAAUAUUGUCUCGCCGAAAUAAUAAUUUUGAAACACAUAAAUAAAUUUAUUUACAUUUAAUGUGUGCCAUCAAAUUUCAAAGUACCCCUUUUGAAUGGACGCUUAAUGCCCAUAUUUUGUAGCGCACAAAGGCAUUGUUUCCGCUUUUCGAUCUUAUUAGGGCCGAGAGCAUCCAACCCUCGCCAUUUGGGGCAACCCCUUACCUGGAAUUCCCGAAAAUGCCGUCAAAUGAAUGCCACAAAAAAAUGGCUCGACAACAGAAAAGAACAGAACCAAACAUAACAGCCAAAAAAAAAAAAAAAAGGGAAUAAUCAAAUGAGAAAUUCAAUUGUGGCCUCGGUCUCUCGUCGUUUUUGGUCUCGUCGAAUGUGGACGGCUUCAUGCCUUCAUGCAUAUUUAAAUGAGAUUUUGCGUUAACUGAAUUUUUUUCAGCGGCAGCCCCUCCGCUGGGGCUGAGGGGGCGUGGCCAGUCGGAAAUGUGGGCGUGGGCGGCCCUGACAAGAAAAAAAAACAUAUUAAUUUAUAUAAUGUACGUGUACGCACAGAGAUAUAAAACAUUUAUAUAGAUUUAAAUAAAUUGGGUUUCGCUCAUUCUUUUCAUUUCAUUCUCUCUCUUUUUUUUUUCGUUUGCAAUUUUUGUCGUUCAUUUAACGCACAAUGGAAAGGGAGGGGCGGAGGGUGUAGAAGGGGGCGUGGCAACAGGCGUGUUGUCGCAUAUGUAUUUUAAAUAGGAUGCAGGCCCCAUUAGCAUAUAAAUUGACGCCGCGACAGUUGAGUGGAUAAAAAGGAAAUCUCUUAACCGUUUCGAGGGGCUUUUUAAAAAACUGAAAGGGUGACUCGUAACUGUUAACUAGCAUUUGGUAAAAAAAACAGAGGAAAAAAACAGAAAAAAAUACAAAAAAAUAAUAAUUGAAAUGCCCACCAAAUAUCACAGACAAAAACACUAUUCGUACUGAAAAAAAAGAACAAAAACAACAAAAGCCCCCAGCUGACAAAUUGACUUCCGUUUCCGCUAAUUCAAAAACAAAAUGAAAUUUCUUCGAAAGAAUGAACUUAAGUACUUAAAGAGAGAUGCAAACAUAACCAAAUUAGUCAUUAGUUGAUAUGUCAAGCCGUUUAUUUAUUUACACACAUUUUUUUCCUAAUCUAAUUAUUAAUUAUAAAUUAAUACACCUAAACGGAAUAUAUUUAUAAACGAACUCGAAGCGAAAUGAAAUGAAAUGUAUUUAUGUGUUAUGAAAACCGGAAAGGAAAUGGAAAGAAUUUCUUCUUUUCUGUAGAUGACUUCCCUUUUAGUUUGCAAAUGCAUUUAGCAUGGCCUACUAAUCACAUAUCCUUCGACCACACACACACACACAAGCACACACACAAGUAAACACGAUUAAUUAUUAAAUAAUGUUUUUUUUUUUUGUCAGACUAAUAUGAAUAUCAUGCGUGUGUGUCCAAAACGAAUUAUUCAUAUGGUAAGCUAAAUAGAAAAAGAAAAAAGAAAAAAACACAAAGGAAUACAUAAAACGCAUAAAUGCAUAUAAAACAUAAAUAUAAUCAAAAAUGAAACACAAAAUGAAAGCAAUUUUUUUUCUUAGAUUUUUUGUAAAUACUCAAAAAACGUAACGAGUGAAGAAAAAGAAGAAGACGAAAUGGUAAGGCAGAUAGAACUAUAUAUAUACAUAUAUAUCUAGAUAUAUAUGUAUUGAAAAAUUGAUUACAAUUUCGAUUAUUGCUAAUUAUUAUGUUGAACCAUAAAUUGCACACACACACUCUCUCACCUACACACAUACACACACACACUCACACACAGGAAAAGGCAGCAAAAGAAAGCAAGAGAAAUUCACAUUGUCUGAUAUUAAAGUAUUGUAGUUGGUACUUAUAUAAUAUAUAUAUAUAUAAAUAAAUAUUAAAAUACAAUUAAUCGUAAUACAUAAAGUAUGCAAUUUUUGUGGCAAAAGAAAAAAAUAUAUCAAAGACAUGCAGACGGAAGAGAAUCCAAGUUAUAUAUAUAUAUCAUUUAUGUGUACUUGAAAAAGUAAAAAACCGAAAAACAAAGCAAAAUGAGCAUGAAAGUUUAAUCGAAUUAAGUGGACAAAUUGCUAAUAAUAAUAAUAAAACUAAUAACGAAAUCAA